GCUCUGACUAGUUUCAUUUAUAAGGAAGUGAAACUCACAAAGUCACUGACACUAAGAGGGAAAAAUGGCGCAGAAAGGAGUUCAGCUGGACCAAGAAACCUUCUCUUGUUCUAUCUGUUUGGAUCUUCUGAAGGAGCCGGUGACUAUUCCCUGUGGACACAACUAUUGCAUGAAGUGUAUUAAUGGCUUUUGGGACGGAGAGGAGGAGAAGAAAAUCUACAGCUGCCCUCAGUGCAGACAGACCUUCACACCAAGACCUGUUGUUAUGAAAAACACCAUGUUAGCAGAUUUAGUGGAGGAGCUGAAGAAGACUGGACUCCAAGCUGUUCCAGCUGAUCACUGCUAUGCUGGACCUGAAGAUGUGGCCUGUGAUUUCUGCACUGGCAUGAAGCUAAAAGCUGUAAAAACUUGUUUGAUGUGUUUGGUCUCUUACUGUGAGAAACACCUUCAGCCUCAUUAUGAUGUGGCUCCAUUAAAGAAACACAAGCUGGUGGAGCCCUCCAAGAAGCUCCAGGAGAACAUCUGCUCUCGUCAUGAUGAGGUGAUGAAGAUGUUCUGUCGUACUGAUCAGCAGAUUAUCUGUUAUCUCUGCUCUGUGGAUGAACAUAAAGGCCACGACACAGUCUCAUCUGCAGCAGAAAGGACUGAGAGGCAGAGAGAGCUGGAGGUGAGUCGACAAAACAUCCAGCAGAGAAUCCAGGACAGAGAGAAAGAUGUGAAGCUGCUUCAACAGGAGGUGGAGGCCAUCAAUCAGUCUGCUGAUCAAACAGUGGAGCACAGUGAGAAGAUCUUCACUGAGCUGAUCCAUCUCAUCCAGAAAAGAAGCUCUGAUGUGAAGCAGCAGAUCAGAUCCCAGCAGGAAACUGAAGUGAGUCGAGUCAAAGAGCUUGAGGAGAAGCUGGAGCAGGAGAUCACUGAGCUGAAGAGGAAAGAUGCUGAGCUGAAGCAGCUCUCACACACAGAGGAUCACAUCCAGUUUCUACACAACUACCCCUCACUGUCAGCACUCAGUGAGUCUACAGACUCAUCCAGCAUCAAUAUCCGUCCUCUGAGCUACUUUGAGGAUAUGACAGCAGUUGUGUCAGAGGUCAGAGAUAAACUACAGGACAUUCUGAGAGAGGAACGGACAAACAUCUCACUGACAGUCACUGAAAUGGAUGUUUUACUGUCAGAUCCACCAGAGCCAAAGACCAGAGAAGGAUUCUUAAAAUAUUCACAUGAAAUCACACUGGAUCCAAACACAGCACACCCACAUCUGUUAAUAUCAGACGAGAACAGAAAAGCAACAUCUAUGAAACAGCAACAGUCUUAUUUUGAUCAUCAAGACAAAUUCACUGGAAUGUUUCAGGUCCUGAGUAAAGAGAGUCUGACUGAACGUUGUUACUGGGAGGUGGAGAGAAAAGGGAGAGUUAUUAUAGCAGUCGCAUACAAGAAUAUUAGCAGAGCUUGGUGGAGGAAUGAAUGUGCCUUUGGGCGUAAUGACAAAUCUUGGGCACUACAUUGUUCCAAAAACAGUUAUACAUUUUGGCAUAACAACAUUGAAACUCCAGUUUCCGGUCAUGGGUCCUCCAGAGUAGGAGUGUACCUGGAUCACAGAGCAGGAUCUCACUCAAAUCUAAUUGAGAAAAUGUGAAACCAAUGCGAGAGAAUAACUGGAGUAGUUAUCAUCCUGAAACACCACAAAGUUCAGAGUUCAUGUUUAGCGCAAAAGAAGAUUCCUCAGUUUGUGAACUUUUCUUUUACUUGAUGCCCUUUGAGGAUCUGAGGUCUCAGCUGCUUUUUAAAACAGCAGUUGUGUCAUGGUCCGGGUGAGUACAGGUGUUUUGCUUCUGAGCCGCUGUCUCCACCUUGGGGCAGAGUCACCACACACUGACGUGUCUCCUCACGUGCAGGCAAUUGAGCUGUCAGCAUUUAAGGACCAGCACUCACCUUACUCCUCCCCAAGAGUUCUGCUAUCUUCAGUCAGUUUUGGUUCUUAUAGUUGUCGGUAAAUGAUAAUUUUACUGACGGAGACUCACUGUGUGUUUUCGCUCUAGCUGCUCGUCCCCUGCCCGCAAAAAUUAAGACAAGAACCUGUUGUGAUUCCAAAGUUUUUCCCUGGACACCCCCCAGACUUAAUCACUAAUCCACUCUCCUGUCCUUGCAGCGUUCUAAGACUCCCAGUUGCGUUUCCCGCAGCCUGCGUUUUCCCUCUAUGCCAUGAGGAAGGCAUUAUUUGUGAAGAUUUACGAAUAACGCCAUAACGUUUUCGCCAAGUUGAUAUGUUGUGUGCAAGUCAAGUCAUUGCUUCAUGUUAAUUUCAUAGACGUAGAGGAAACCUUAGUUCACAGUUUGUUUAAUUUUCAUGACAUUUUGUUGUUUAGAAAAUAAAGUCUUGUUUUUUCACAUUGUGGGAGACAACACCGGUCUAUCCGAUUCUUUUGUCUUGGUAGAGAACACGCAGAGAUGUUUCCAAGUUUCACAAAAUCCUUUUAUUACCCAUUUUUCCGUAUCUGGAGAGCACACUGCAGUCCUAUUCUAAAGGUUGAUCUCGGUCUCUAGUCUCCUCCCCCCUACAGUAAACACCCCCACAAUGGAAAAACACUGGUACAGUGGCCAAGGGUGCUGAUACCCUGACCCCCAUCUCCUUUUAGGUAGUGUCCAUUUGCCCUUUGUCAGCCCCUCACCCUCAGUAACUCUUGCUUCCUGCCCUGGGGGUGGGGGUCAGUUGUUCUCCUGCCCUUCACCCUAGUUCUUUGUUCCCAUUCCAGGCCUCUUUUCUACACACCCUACCAACUGCCAUCUUAUAAUAUUGCAAGCAAUCCCAAACUACAGUCUCUUUAACUCUAAUAUAUAUUCAGCAAUUGAUUAUUCUCAACAAUGUUCACUUGUGUUUCCUGUGAGUUCCGCUUUUGAGUCCUCCAGUCAGCCCGGCCUCGGCCAUGACAAGUAGUAUGAGUAGCCCAUGUCAUGUCUUUGAGUCACUGGAUUCCAAGGUAGUGAAAGCUAUCCACUGUUUCAACACUUGAGUUAAAUAACAAUAAUAAUUAUUAAUAAGUAGUAGUGUUAAUAUUAUUAUGAUUAUAUUAUUAGGUCGAUUUCCUGUUGUGGUUCCCUCAUCCUUCUGACUUAGAUCCAUGCUUAUGGGCAAUGUAGAGUCACCAAUUUACCUAACCCCACCAACUGCAUGUUUUUGGACUGUGGGAAGAAGCUGGAGCACCCAGAGAGAACCGACACACAGAGGACCAGAACAUGCAAACUCCUGAAUCGAACUAAGAACCUUUUUACUGUGAGGCAACAGGGCUAACCACCAUCCCACCAUGGUUAUUCUAUAUUUUUGCUUAAAUACAGUUUAAAUAAUUUACAUGAUAUUAAUUAAUGUGACUACAAUUAAUUCAUAUUUUAAAAAUAAUGAAAAACAAAGCAAAAUAAAAUACUGGUAAGCUUUGCAGCUUUAAUCACAAAUCAGCAAACAAUAAAGUGAAACAGCUUUUAAUUUGAAAUUUGGACUCAGAUCAUAGUGAAAUGGUGAGAAACACUCCAAAAUUCUCCAUCUAAAUAUAUAUUUUAAUGAUACAUUUACUUUUGGUUGUCCCUGUUGCUGCUUAAAAAGACAGUUACACAACUGUGAAGCUGGCAGCAGGUACCUGAAUGUUUUCUACUUUUAACUUUGCCAAUAAAAGUGUCAGUACUUGAGUCACUUGCACGGUGCUCUUGAAAUAUUUGUCACAUUUGUUCAUUUUCAAUUUUUCCCAUUAUCACCUGUGUCUUUGUUUGUCAAGACUUCGCAAAACAGCAUCAUCGUCUGGACCGGGCAGGAGAGGCUCAGACUGCUGGAUACCAUCUGGAAACCUGAAAUAAAGAUACAAAGCAAAGCACACACUUUAGGAGGUGCCACUGGAGUCAUUUUACUUGGGCCAGCACAACGCAGUGUCCCUGACGUUCUGACCAAGAAGCCCAAAUGUAGCCACAGUGAAAAUGCCACACACACACACGAAACCACUACCACCAACAACAAAAAACUUUAUAACUGAUUUAGUUUAUGCACAAGAAAUACUCACUUUUCUCCAUAGCACUCCAUUAAGUGUAAAAUAAGUAUCCGGACCAUGCAUCUUUCAUGUAUAGAUAUGUGCUUGUGUUCCUCAAGACUAGCAACCAAAGAUGUCCCCCUCAGGUGAACCUCACGGAUGUUCUAAAGUUAAAUAAUUAAAGUUAAAACAUUUUAAUGUUAAUUUUAGAAUAAUUGAAUCUACCUGUGAUGACUGCAGUUACAGCCACACAGUGGUAAUGUCUACCGAACAUCAGUGUUACAACUGAGGCUCAACCAUAACACUACACUUACAUUUUUCUUUCUUUGAAUAUAGGAUUUAAUUUACAGGUUAAUAAAGAAUUUGUUUUGGUUUAGAAUUAAUUUACUUAUACAGUCACAUAACACUGUAUUCUAAAAUAAGUGCGCACAUUUUAGUUUACACUGUUAUGUAUCUAUGAUUUAAUCUUUCUUUGUUUUCUGAGUUACCUCAGUGGCAGCUGCUCCCAGUCCCCCAGUUGAUGGAGCUAAAAGGUGCAGAGCAAGCCUAUGUGGAGACCUGCAAAUUGGGUUAUACCACAAUUCUGGAUCAUGGGGGGAAAUUGAAUUUGUUAUGUUAGUUUUAGUUGGGUUUUGUGUGUUCUACGCCUUUCUGUGUUUUUGUUGGCUGAUCAGCCACUGUUUAAGUUUCCCAUUUGUCUUGUCUAAGUAGGUUAGUUUGUUUGAGUUAGUAGUAUUGUUUUUUACCAGCUUUUGAGAAGAGUUCUGUUAUUUUGACCUCUUUUAUAUGGGCCCAAGAUUUUAAAUUUUCUGUAUAAUUUAACCAAGUUUGUUUUAGGGUCAAAUAAAAAAACUUUUUGGAAUUUUAA